AUGCUGACUGGAUUGGAAACCAUCACUGACUAUGUUUCCGACCUAUUCAAUAUUGAUGUAUCAAAAGUCAGUGUAUCUAAAGAUUCAUUCAAUCUGAUUAAGCAUGUGGAUAGUAAACAGAAGACACCAUUGGAAAAAGUGGUUUACGUAGACUGGGGUGCCAGUCCAUCGGAAGAUGAAAUGAAUUAUAUUCUGAGGGAUUGCCGGUGUUCAUCUCAAAUAUGCAUAUACUCAGAAGCUCUCCCCAAUUUCCGCUUCUCGAAUAACUUUCGUAGAAUCGACUGCUUAGACAUCAGCAAUUCCGAAUGGGUAACAAUAGAUAACCUACUGACCAUGGAUGGAAUUGAUAUUCAUCUGGAAAAUGCAAGUCUCACUAAUAGUGAUUUGAAUGUCUUCCUCAGGCACUGGCUGUCUGGAGGGUGUCCUCGAUUGAAAUUAUUCUGCGCUAGAACAGGAUCUGUGGAUAUCUUACAAGUACUCGCUGGUUUACUGGAUAAUGCAGUUCUUGUGGGGGAACGUGGAGACUACACCAGCCCAUUUGAAUACAGCAGAAUCUUGGCAUUUGGAUAUGACAUCCAACGUGUGGAUGGUGUGACAGCUACAGUGUGCGAACAAGUGAAUGGAACCUUGGUCAUUGCAGUUUGGCCAGAGACCACUUAUAAUUAUAUUUAA